CAAAUCAGAGGGCCUGGCGCCGUAUCGAUAGCGAAACAGGCCAGAGGCUGCGUUGCCAGCGCACCGCGUCGACGCCGGGCUGGGAGGAGUCGCGCCCAAAGCAGCCGGCCGUCUCCCAAGCACCAGCGCUGCAUCUGGAGAUGGGGAGCGCGCAUCAGGAGCCCUCAGACGGGGCCCGCCCUCAUGGCGACAGCACCGCGAUGCGACGCACCCAACACUCGGCCUCGCCCGCCGCUCAGGCACUGACACUGACACUGACACCGACACCGACUUCGACACCGACACAGGCACAGGCACAGGCACAGGCCACGGCCAUGGCCCCUCCUCCCCUAUCUUCCGCCGCUCCCCAUGUGUCGUCGUCCAGGAGCCUCACGCCCUCGCACACCACCGACCCGCCUGCAGAGGCUCCGCCCAGGUCGCCCUCACCUCCCUCCAAGCAGCCGCCGCCAGCCAUGAUGGGGAGUCGCGCUCACGACGGCCCGGUCGAGAGGCUGCGCCCUCAGAUCCCGCCCUCGUCCAUGUCUGCCCCCGCCGGCCGCCUGCCCCGACUGCUGCCCGCCGACCUCUCCUCGUACUCGGACUCGUACCUGCCCUCGGCCACCAUCGCCACCUCCGCCACGUCGCUCGCGGAGUUUGCCCACCUGAACCGCCAGCUGCGCUACCAGGAGCAGCGCAAGGCCCACUCGCGCGUCCGCCUGCACCGCUGGCUGGUCUCGAGCGCUCUGUCCGCGCGCCUGGUGCACUGCGGAGAGCUCGCCUACCGCACCCUGGUCGACAGCUUCAGGUCCGACGACAAGAAGGCGUUUGCCUCGCUGUACAACGCCCUCCACGACGUCCGCAACUCGUGCGACGCAACCCACCAGUACGCCCUACUCGAGCCAGACCUGGAGUUUGGCAAGUCCAAGAGCAGCAAGAGCGACAAGCCCCUCACCUUCUCGUCCUUCCUCAACGAAGUGCCCUCCCAGACGCUGAACGACCUCUUGGAGUUCAUCUCCGAGGUCCGCACCAAUCCUGAUUUCCUGGCUACUCGCGUCUCCAUUCUUUCCCCGCAGGAGCUCGCCACCCUCUCCUCGUUCCGCCAGGCCUUGGACCCCAUCGACUCGGUAAUAGCCCGUGGCAAGAACGCCGGCCCCCAGAAGCCCAAUCAGCAAGGCCCAAGCCCCAUUGAGCGUCUCUUGUCGUUCCAGCGACACGACCCUCUGGCGGCCCUCAUCUACACCAUCUUCGCUAACUCGUCCGGCCCCGACUCUGCCGAGGAUCUUCGCCGCACUGAUGUGUGGGCCACAACCUGCACUCGCCUUAUCAAGGACUUGAAACCAGGGUCUGAGAAGUUCAUCAAAACGGUUCUCGAUGUCUGGGCCGGCAUGCGAGAAUGGCCAGGAAAGGCCCAUCUGGAGCUGUAUCUGAUGCAGUCUCUGCAAGACGGCCAAUUUCUGCUCGAAAAAGCCGAGGAGCAGUCUGCACGGCAAGGCAGUCAGCCCAUAGCCCGAAACACAAAGGACACUAUUGCAGCUGAUGAGUUCUUUGACAAGGCCGUCAAACGCCUUUUCGAGGUCGUCGAUGACGAGCCCAGCGCUGGAGGCAUCCCAGAAGGCGUGCUAGAGAUUGGCAACGCUAUCCUCCGAAAACUUGAGGAAGAGAAGGGUCCCCGAAAAGCGUCACAGAAUUUCUUUGUUUCCCGCUGGCUGUUCUCCACCUUUCUGCUGAACGCGAUCAUUCAUCCAGAGACCCACGGUAUCAUGAUCGGUCACCAUAUCAGCGAACACGCCCGCCAAAAGAUCCUCAAAGAAAUUGCGAUUCGAGCGCAAAAACAUGUCCUGGAUAUGACCUACAAUUGGCGUCAGCAAGUACCUGUUCUUCCUGAGAUCCGCACUCACAUCGAGAACAUCCUGGCCAGGUUCAAGCACACGAAGACUCAUACGAAGCCGAUUCUCUUGCCUGCAAAGGCCAUCACCUCUCCACGAGAGACUGUGGAAGUGCAGCCCUUCAUUGUGCUCUCUCCAUCUGACAUCAUCACUCUGGUCGAGACGCUGUUCCCCGAGCGUCGACCCUCAUCUAGCCAUCUUGACAAGGACAACCAACGCCGGGCUGGCCUAGCAUCGUCAGCGUCCUCGGUAUCUGCCAUGUCUAUGCAGUUUCGUAGUACGUCUGCCACAGCGGGCGAUGCAAGCUCCAUACUCAGUGCCAGUGCGUCCUCAAUGACAAGCGACACUGCUUCCCGUGAGCCCCUCCUGGAUGGCAUCGUCAAGUCUCUUGAUCGUCACAACCCAUCUCUUGUAGAGAACCAUCUUGAGGCCAAGGUCGCACCUACAGAGGUGUAUGGAAAACGUCUGAGAAUGGCAUGCUCCGAAAUGACUCGCACUCUGGGCCUUGACGCUACAUCUGGUUCAUGCCACCCUUGCGCCGAGCGAUGGGCCGUGCUGUACAUCUCCGCAGAUGGAAAACAACUGAAGCCACGCAUGCGCAAGGACUUUGACGACGAAGAUGAGCAUGACGAUGAUUCACCUGAGAGUGAUAGUAGUGACGACGAGGGUCCUGGCGACAGGAUUGAUCUUGAAAGUGAUUACCAUCAACUGAAGGAAGCCAUCGCAAAGCUUGUCGAGGAAUAUGAGAUUCCCAAAGAGCUUGCACCCGAUAGCGAAUCCAAGAACUUCAGCAACCGCAUGACGACCCGAAGGAGCGCUCGAGGCAGAGGCACAGGACGGCAGACGGUUGAAAACCUCGGGUCGCGCAAUCCGUACAACCAACCCCAGGGUCAAAGCCAGAGCCAGAGCCAGCUUAGCAACCUGAUUGCUAGCCAUCGACACGUUCCCACACGGCAUCGUUCUCCGCAAUUUCCGAGAAGCAACAGCAAUCCUCAGAUUUCAGAAAAGUCAGAGAACAACUCGGUUCUUGCUACUAUGCUUGAAACCGCCAUGUUUCAAUGUCAAGCACGCUCAGAUUUCGUCAAUGCGCAUAUGUACUACAAGACAUUGCAGAGCCUUCGAAGGCUCAAUUCGCCUACCCUUGUGCGGAACGGAUAUGCUGCUCUCCUCAAUUACUUUUCACGCGGACCCCGCGACUUGCUUAGCAAAGCAGCAAACGCUAUCGAGGAAUUCGAAGCGUGGUUCGUAUGGCUUAAGCAGUCUCAAGAGAGAUCCGAUGCCAUGAUCGAAGAGAUGAUGAUGGGAUUCAAGAACAUGCGAGACAAGAUGUGGUACGUUACUGAUGUCCGCACCUCUGCGCCUUAUGAGGAGGCAAGGAGCGUCGCGCUGGCUCUCAAGAUCAUGGGUCAACCAACCAGGACGCUAGACGGCAAGCCUAUUCAAGGUCCUCGAUCUCGAAACUAUUCGAAAUCAUCCUCGAACAACUUUCUGCUCAAGAAUGAAGCCAUGCUAGUCGACAUCAUGGCUGCUUCUCAGGACUUCGGUGGGCCUAACAAGCUCUCAGAUGAACAAUCCGAGAUCACUUUGAAGUGGCUCAACCAAUAUGGCGUUGAGAACUUUUGCAAGGGCGAAGAGAGAAUUCAUCGUUUCUGUCUCGAGGUUGAUAAAUGUGUCAACAAACUCGUUGGUGAGAACAUCAUUGAGACUCCUGUUCUAUGGGCGGGCGAUCUGUACAAACGGGACAGAGAGAUACUCGAGAGCGGGCGGCAGAAAGGCGAUCUCUUCCUCACUGGCGUUGGCACACUGUCUAUCGCGGGUGACGAGGAAUACGAAACGCAUGGCCGAUCUGGAUCACGCAACCUUGACUUCGCUCAACGUCCGAGCCACAGCAGUUUGCGAUCCGCUGCCAACCGUAAUGAGCCUCAGCAAAGCUUCGAUCAAACGGUGCACGAUCUCUUCGGAGGAACUUCCCCCGUAUUGACUAUUGAUUCGGCCACUACAUUCUGGUCGCCUUUCCAGCCUCAAGUUCAAUCGCCGAUGAGUGCUACUAGCAUUCGUCCUCGCACUGCAUCAUCAUCAAAGGGUACCGUCAUGCUAAAGCAAUCAGCAAGCGUGAACGAAGACAAGCGUCGCUUCCUGCUUGACUUGAAGCAAACACUUACAGGUCUGCUGCUGAGUGACCUCGGCACCAUGUUGUUCUCGAGUGGAAGCGAGACAGACUCUUGGUUUGGUGGUGAUUUGCUCGAGGACUGUAUCGAACGCAGAGACGAAGAAGAGCGUAAGCGGAAAAAGCAAAUGGCGAAGAAGAAGAGCAUGAAAGACAUGCGCCGGAUGACCCACUCUGACCAACGAAAUCCACUCGAGGCUCUUGGUCGCACCGAGAGGAGCCAAGUCGCACCCCCCAUCGCGACGUAUCAGCAUGCUGCGGCUUCCGACGCUCACCACUCUGCAGGCGAGCAUUCCUCAGCGUCCAGCGAUGCUACGUCGCGAUCAGCCGGUAUGUCUACAGCAAAGAAGGCCGGCUUGCUCGAGUUCCCAUACAACGUGGCCUUUCGACGUCUUCUCAGCAAGUUUGCUACACAUCCUAAUCCGUACUCCAAACUGCACGCUCUAUACGAGCUCGAGCUUCUCAUCAUUGCGUCUCUUUCUUCCCGAUCUGGAAAAUCUUACAACAACCGUCGAGAUACGCUGCCCACUGUUCCUCAGUCACCAACUCUUGGUGCUAUUCCUGAGCUCAGUUCGCGUGAGCCAGCGACGCAUACCUCGCGUGCACAGAACCUGGAAGAGGCCAUCGCCAACUGUGAGGAGCGACGCUCUCAUAGCAUGAAUCAAGAUCGUGUCCACAAUGCUUCGCCAGUCCCCAACCGUAGCGGCGCUCGAUCCCCUGUCGGUCCACCAAGCACAGAUAUGAUUGUGGAGGUUAUGCAAGGUCUCUUCCGGGAUGCCGAUAUUCGACCCAAGACACUCUUCAGAGAUCUUCAGUACAUCGCUACGUUUGUUCCUGCGCAGAUGCUCGACAAGACCGCACGUGGAAAAGCAUUCUGGGAUGUUGGUCUCGCUGCACUGGGCCUCAAGCAGGAUGUCUGCCGGAUCAUGGUCGAACUUGUCGAAGAGGUGAUCACACAAAAUCUGAAGCGUGACGCCGUAGUCCCACAAAACAACGGCGGGGCGACGGAGAAGUCAGGCACAAGUACUGCUGCGAAUAUGCCAAUGGAUGAUCCGGUAUCUCGUUACACCAUGGAGGAUGCCGCCCGCAUGCUUCUCAUCACAGCCAAAGAAGGCGAUUCCGUCGCGGAGCGUGAGCUUGCAAUCUUCUAUCUCACUUCACCCGAACUUCUCCACCGCGCUGUCUUGCCGCUCACAAAGCCAAGUGACGUGUUCAAGACGGAGCUUCUCAACCGCGAGAGGAGGGCUUCGCAGGACCCUGCGCGCAGUGAUCCAAUGACCAUGUGUGUCGCACAACAUUGGAUGGAGCAGUCUAUGCGGGGUGGUGACCAUCUGGCCGCGAAGUACUUGCGCCAACGCAGUGAGCUAGAAAACAUCCCAUCGCGAGUUUAGUCCACGACCUUGUUAGCGGUGCUGCAGUUCUUGGUUUCCUGUUAUACCCUGAGGCACUUUGUGUUGCCAAGUUCUUCGACAUCCGCGGUGGUCUGUAUUGCAUUAGCGAGGCGUUUCAUUGUUGUCUUCCUAAUGGGAUUUUCAUGUUUGUUUUAUGUUUUUUAUUUGGUACGCAUGAUUCCCCCUCUUGCCUUUUCUUGUCGCAUGAGUUGUUGUUCUUUUUUC